AAAAAUUUCGGUUUCAAACGUCAAACCACCAACGAACGGGCGAAUGUUUGUGAAAAUUGUUUUCUUGUUUGAAUUACAAAAACUAUCGUGAAAUAAUAAUCAUCGUGUAGACAAACUAUGAUAACUGUGUGAUUUGUGUUAAUCGUUUAACUUAUAUCACUUCAAUUAUGGAUCCUUUCACUCAGCGCAUGUUAGAGCGGGCGCGGGCCAGACAGGAGAAGAUCGAUCAAAAACUCGUAAAUUCAGGACAGGCCGUUCCGAAAAGGAGGCCACUAACAGAAAACAUCGCCGUGGUAAAAUCUGAGGGUUCUCCCGCUAAGUCUCCUAGUAAAAUAACUCGGGAAUGUGUGACGUCGCCUCGCAGACAGUCAAAAGAGUCAAUAAAGUCUGAAACUCCAUCGAGAACGUCAUCGACAGCUUCAUCUAAAAGGUCGAGUUUCAAGUCCGAUGUUUCGUCGCCUCAGCGGGGAAGGAACGAUGUUGUGGUCACUAAGAAGGAGUUUAAAAGUCCGAAGAGAGGGAGCCUUAAUAGACGCAACUCUGAUGUGUCUGUGGAGAUCAACAUUUCCCACAGGAAUGACAUACAGAUUGAAGUGCAGGUGGAGGAAAGAGACGCUCCUAUCUCUGUGGUGUAUGACUCGCAGGCGAAGCCGGGCAGCAAUGUUCUUAUAGAGGAGAUUACAGAUGACGUAUCCAGCAUAUUGGAGAAAGCUAUUGUUGCCCAGGAGACCAGGGCCAACCGGUCAGGUCUCCGACACAAUGUCAAGUCCAGACUUGACCGACUCGGCAAUCUUUACUCAGAUAAACCAACCCUCUCAUCACCGGUCCACCGCACAGAACUGGAGUUCUCAUCAGCCACUCCACCAUCAGAGACUGAACCCAAGAAGCCCAAGCCUCGUCCCCAACAGGACGGGAAGAAGAAGUUCGGUAGACUAGCAGCUUUGGCUGACCAGAUCAACAACUGGGAAGAUGACUUGACUCAUCAUACUCAACAACCAGACAACAACAAGAAAGCUAAGACGCUGCCUAAAACCAACGAGCUAGAUAAACUGGACGCAUCUACCCUGGAAGUGUCCAUAAACUCCUUCAAGGAUAUUAACAAAGUGCUCGACACCACCGUCAAGGCUACACAGCCCAAGAGACAGUUCAACUCACACACAUUUACGAAACCUUCGAAUUCAGUGAACGAGUGUCAGCGGCUUGGCAAGCAGAUUGUAGCCGAAUUGGAGGGCGAGGGCUACCGGCGGGUUUCGGCCAGCCAAUCGCGGCUCGUCUACGAAUUCACCACGAAAACCGCCGAUCCCGACCGACAGGAACCGAAGUGCGCGACAACCCCCAGUGCCGAUUCAGCCCCCAACAUGGCGACAAUGGUGGCCCCUUCGCCCGCCAACACGGCCGUCACAAAAAAACCAUCUAUCAAGAAAUACAAGGCACCCACGCCGCCGCGCAACGUUAUCACGGAAGACGAAUGUGAAAGUGAAAAAGACAAAGAGAAUGCAGUGCAACUCGACAACGAAAAUGACGCAAGUGAUGAUUGUAAACAAACAAAACCGGAACCGGUGGACGACAAGCCGGCGCCCGAGAAGGGAUCGCCGCUAGUGAAAAAGUUGGGGCCCAAAAUAAACGGCAGUGUUGACAGGAGUUCUGUGUUGUCUAAGGCGGCGAUGUUCGAGGCGGGCAGUCCCAAGGCGAAGGACCCCGCCGAAAUGACUUUGAGGGAACGCAAAGCGCUCUUUGAGAAAAACAAGGGCGCAGCGAUAGUACCGAAGGCCCCCUUCGGGCUCGCACCCUCCGCCAAGUCCCUGCUCGGGGAUAACAAAGCUGACAAAAGGCCGUUGACCCAGAAAACGACGCCAACUAAGAACAGUUCUCUAGCCAGCUCUAGAACGAACUCUAAGGACGAUAUUCCUGAUGACAAUAUAAGCCAGAGCUCGUUAGGAGGAGGUAUUAAAGGGAAGCUCGCUGCAUUGUUCAGUAAAGAACAGACAAUCAGCGAAUCGACGAUUGCAAAUAAGUUUAAGCAAGAAAGGGAAAAAGAAAUGGAGAUGCUACAGAAUAGAUUCCAUUAUAAGCCGAAGACACAGAAAGCAGAGAGUCCAAAUGACUCAGAUGAUGACGUCAGCGAACACGACCCCUCUGAGAAGGCGCCUCUUAUGGGCAGCACAACCAGCCUAAACCAGAACAAUAAGAAACCAGAAAUCAUCUCCAAUAUACCCAAGGUUACGUUCGACGAGAAGAGUAAGAUAGAACAGGAGUUGAAUGACAAGGAAAAGGAGAUUGAGAAAGAAAACGAUAGAGUUAUUGGAUCACAGCCUGUUAAAAGACGAAGUUCCCAAGACUCGCCCGUAGUACUAUCAGUAUUAGACGACGUAAAAAGAAUAAAAGUAAACAACAGCAAAAAGGAGCCACAGACUAACGGAGCGGUCUUACAACAGCCAGCUAGUCUGUACCCACACCUGUCAGACAUUGAAACAGACACUUCUCACACACAAGAGGAAUUCUCCGACUGUGGCGGAUCAAGUUCUGAAGACUACAUUCCACCGUGUGUACUAGAGAGGAUGAACAAAUCUGACAACUGGGCCGAAACUUCUUUUGGUCGUGAAGUUAUGAACGUUGUAAAGAAAAACAACACGAGUUACAAGAAAGCGGUCCGUGAAAGCGAUUCUGACAGCAGUGGGUUAGACAGCGAGUUGGACGAUAUUUUAGACGAGGCCAUCAACGAACAGAGCGAGGGACCCACGCCUCCGAAGAUAAACAAGCAUUCGGUGGAGUCUUCAUCAAGUUUCGUGUACCAGGAGCGCUCGACAUUCAAGUCACCGCUGAAGCUGCAGUCGGCGACUCCGGCGAGGGCCGACCACGGCAACGAGUUGGUGCAUAGUGUCAGCUUCUAUAGGCGCAUGCAGAACGCGUCAUCUGCCCCAUCGACCCCGAUGCGUAUCAUCCGGCACACGUCCCCGGAGCGCGAGCCGCCGGCCACGCCGGACGAGCCGGCCGCCAGCGUCACCACCGUGCGCGAGCGCAUCAAGGAGCUGCAGGCCGAGAUCACUAAGCAGCAGACUGUUAUAUCGCAGGCAAGUCAAGCUCUAAAUCUCUGCGCAGCAACCAUCGAAUUUAGUGGAUCAACCGAACAAGCGGAAGGCGAAAGACUACUGUUGUUAGCUUCUCAUCGUCGUCAAGCAUGUCUUCACGAGCUACAGCGGCUACAGGUGGAGGGCGCGGGACCAGCUGCCACGGCCGGCAUGGCCACGCUGCACCUCACGCAGCUCAGCGUGCCGCUCAAGCGCGACUACGUGCGCCAGCUCAACGCCGAUGGCGCAGUAGGUCACCACGCGGUGUGCUUGGUGAAGUGCCGUGACCGAGUGUUAGCUACCAGCAUGCAACAGACUCAACCAUCAACGACCCUGCUACACUUCCCCGACGAUAUUCGUAUGCUGGGACUAGCUAGCGAUUUUAAGGUUACGGUAGAGGUGUAUUUGUUGCAAGCUUCUAAAGAAGUUUUAUCACAUGAGAUGAAGUAUCACAUUUCUAGCAAAAAGUCAAGUUCGAAGCUGCUGACCCCGAAGUCGAAGAUAUCGGAGCUGAAGGCGCCGCGCGUGCAGAGCCCGGCGGGGCCGCUGGCCGUGCGCUCGCCGCAGUUCGCGCUGCACGGAUACUGCAUCUUCGCGCUGCAGCAGGCCAGCAGGAGAAGCUUCACGCUCAACAAGGUCCCAUGCGGCAGUCCUCUCGAAGGCUCCGUGAACUUAGAAAUCAAGGCCCGCGUACAAGUACCCCCGCCGUUUCCUCACGCCGCCUUCCUCACCGCGUUCGACGACGUGUCGGGGCUCGGCGCCUGGCACCGGCGCUGGUUCCGCCUGCAGCCGCCCAGGCUGGCCUACUGGAAGUACCCGGACGAUGUGCACAGGAAGAUGCCGAUCGGCGACAUCGAUCUCUCAACGGUCAUAUCAGAACGAGUCAUCAAGGCGCCUCGCGACCUCUGCGCCCGUCCCAACACGAUCCUUCUAGAAUCUUCCAUCCCCGCCGGACUCAUCGUACCGGAGUCCGGUUCCCUAGUCUACGUCCAUCGACCGGACGGCUCCGUCGUCCGGCGACAUUUACUCGCCGCCGACACGCCGAAAGACCGAGAUAUCUGGCUCGAUUGUCUCAAUAAGGCCUUAGAAUAUGUCAGAUGCUGUGGUGGUGAUGAAGAUUAGAAUGCUAGAGUAUGUAUUGUACAUGUGAUAUCUUUAUGUAAAAGACAUUACUGUGAUUUUUGACGUUUGAAAUGUAUUGCUUGUACGUAAAUGUGUGUUUGAAUUGGAUGGGUAAAAGAUCAUUUUUUUAUUGACAUGUGCAGCAAUCAGGCUACCUACGCCCUGAUUAUGGAACACAAUAUAUUUUGUAUUCAAUUGCAAUACCUUUUGACUUUAUUAUCGACAAGUUAAAAAUUGUCAUAAUACAAUACAUUAAUGUAUAUCAAGACUUUCUGCCGAAAUAUAAGUCAGAUGGAACCUUAUUAUUUGCGUACUUAGGGCGCAGGUUCUUUAUAAAUUAUAGUAUACCAUCCAAUCAAAUGAUGACAUUUAUAUCCGCCUGUAAAAUCCAGUAUUACAUCGGCAGGGCCAUGUGAUAACUGUCUGACGCAGUACGUAAUGUAUGGGACCAAUUUUUAUAUUAUGUAUGAAAUAUUUUAUCAUAUACGACAUUUUGUUGAUUCUGAAGUAUAUUAUAAUAGAAUCUUCUACGAAUAAUCCUCAUAAAUAUGAUUAUUGUUGUUACAACAAUUAACUAUUAUGACCAUCACAAAUAUCUAUAAGAUAUUUAAAUUAAACGACUCUGGCUUACUAAGCCUUUAAUUAUUAUAAUUGAACUGAAAUGAAAGAAUGAAUGAUGAUUUUUGGGAAAUUUUACUGCUCUCAAUCGAAGCAGAGAAAAGAUGAUAAAUAUACAAUUUUUCUGUAGCAUUUUCAUGCUUUUAGAAGUAGUGAAUGGCAGGAUAUUAGCCACUGCCAAAUUGCGAACAUUUUUAUACUUUUUAUAAUUGGAGUGCUUUUUUAUAAAAUGAUUGUUUGUCGUGUAGUUUGUAUGUUGUUAUAGUUUGACUGAAUUUAGCUUUAAUUUUGUACUAACAAUGUAACUAAUAGGUUAUUUCAUCGAGAGUGACAAUAUUUCGACUUGUGCUGUUAAAAAAAGUGUUACAUGUAUUAACAUGCUCCAUUAAAAAGCCUAAAAUAAUCUUACCAUGGCAAAUUCUUAGUCUGAAUUAAUAAUUCAAAACUUUUCAAUUCGUACAAAACUAACGUUUAAAACCCAUCUAUUAACAUUAGUCAUAAAUUGAUCAAUUUUCUAUUAAACAUACAUAGUUUCAUCAUUCUAUAAAUUUUAAUUCUAAUUUCAUUUUAUUUCGCAUCAAUUAAAUGCGAAAUAAAGUAUUUUAAGCCAUAUUAAUCCACCUGAUUUUAUAUUUAGUUUUUAAUGUAGUUUAUAUUUUCAUGACUUAUUCUAACUUCCAAAUAAAUGAAAAACUAAAUUCGAAACUAGCUAGCUAUACUUCGAACCUUAGGUAUUCUUAUACUAUACGUACUCAAUAAAUAUCUGUACAAAGUUUAAAACCAACGGAAAAAAUCAGCACCACAUCACCUGAUCACCAUCUUAAUUUUUGAAAAGUUUUUUUCAAAUUUCUAGUUAAUUUUAGCGUUUUAUUCACGUACAGAUACUGAAAAUAACAGCUCUAUAAGUUUUAAGAAGCCUUUUUGACGGAAAUGUCAUUAGUUUUGGACAAAUUAUGUUAUAAUUUGAUAUACAUAUUCAGAAACCAAGCAGUUUCUCUAAUGUAGGUAACAUAGUUAUAGUAUGCACCAAGUAUCGGAAUUGAUUGAAUUGUAUUUGCAAUAAUUGUGUGUGUAGUUUUUAAUUAUAUUUUAUGUGUAAAUAAAAUCAAUUUAUUACGAUAAUAUAAAUAUUUUAAGUAUU